CUGGGAGCCGGGCGGGCGUGGCGGGCGUGCAGCCCCCUGCUCGGCCCAGCUCCCCGCGGAGCCCCCCCAGCUCGCAGCGGGGCACGACCUGCCCGGCCCAGAGACCUGGGGCCCCGUUUGCGGGGCCUGGGCUACGGGGAAGCCGCGGGGCCGCGGGAGGUUUGCAGCCGCCUGCCUGCCUGCCUGCGGGAGCUGCGUGUGCUCUGGCUGGAGCCCCAGCGCCGCAGCAAGGAGCAGGUCGCGGUGAGGGUGAAGGGCGAGGAGGGGCCCUCCGACGAGAUGCAGCCCCCGGGGGCCCUGCAGGACCCUGGUGAUCCCCGGCGGGAGCAGCCCAGCACCCGUGGUGCGGACAGGCCUCUGGACCAGCCACCUCCCGGCCCCAGAGACGAGCCCCUGCCCCCCCAGCAACCAGGUGCUGGGGCCCUGCAGAGAGCUGAGCAGCAGCCUGCUGAGGAGGGGCCGGUGAUCCUGGAGCUGCAGAGGAUGUGCGCAGGGAGCCUGGAGGAGAGGAGCUCCCUGACCCCUGAGCCAGGCCAAGUGCAGAAGGGGCAGGGCAGGCCUCCAAAGCAGGAGGAGAGCUCGGAGCUCCGGGAGGUGUUUGAGGACGUGGCUGUGUAUUUCACACGGAAGGAGUGGGAGCUGCUGGACGAUGAAGACAAGGUGCUUUACCAGGAGCAGAUGCUGAAGAAUUACCAAGCCCUCGUUUCCCUGGGCUAUCGAGGUCCCACACCUGACUUAAUCUGCAGCAUCCAGCAAGGACGGGUGGAUCUUUGGACCUGUGCUGAUGAGGACUGUGGGGAAAUGUCAAGAUGGGAGGACCUGGUGCCAGGAGGUGCCUGGCUGCUGAGCAGAGCUGAGGAGCAGCCUCCUGUGGAAGAGUCUGCAGACAUGGAGCCAGCGCAGACUUCCCCAGGGAGUUUGGGUGAGAUGGACUCCCUGAGACCUGAGAAGGAGCGAUGCUACGAGAGUCAGGGGAGGCCCCAGAAGCAGAAGGAGAAGGUAGCCAUGAGCCAGGACCGGUGCAUCCCCCGAGGGAGGAUCACUCACCACUGCACUGAGUGCCGGAAGAAUUUCACCUGCUUGCAAGACCUGUCCCAGCAUGAGUGUGUGCGGAAGCACUGCACCAAGUGUGGGAAGAGAUUCAGGCAGCUGUCCAACUUGGUGAGGCACUGGUGCAUGCACACAAGAGAGAAGCCACAUCAGUGUUCAGAAUGCGGUAAGACCUUCUCUCACUCCUCCAGUCUAGCUAGGCACCAGCGUAUCCACACAGGGGAGAAGCCCCAUCAGUGCUCAGAGUGUGGGAAGAGCUUCACUCUCUUCUUCACCCUGGCUCAGCACCAGCGUAUCCACUCAGGGGAGAAGCCACAUCAGUGCUCACAGUGUGGGAAGACAUUCACUCGGGUGUCCUACCUGGCUCAACACCAGCGUAUCCACACAGGGGAGAAGCCCCAUCAGUGCUCAGAGUGUGGGAAGAGAUUCACUCGCUCCUCCAGCCUGGCUAGGCACCUGCGUACCCACACAGGGGAGAAGCCACAUCAGUGCUCAGAGUGUGGGAAGAGCUUCACAUUCUCCUCCCACCUGGCUCGGCACCAGCGUAUCCACACAGGGGAGAAGCCACAUCAGUGCUCAGAGUGUGGGAAGAGAUUCACUCGGGCCUCCCACCUGGCUCGGCACCAGCAUAUCCACACAGGGGAGAAGCCAUAUCAGUGCUCAGAGUGUGGGAAGAGCUUCACUCGCUCCUCCACCCUGGCCCAGCACCAGCGUAUCCACACAGGCGAGAAGCCAUAUCAGUGCUCAGACUGUGGGAAGAGCUUCACUGUCUCCUCCUCCCUGGCUUACCACCAGCAUAUCCACACAGGGGAGAAGCCCCAUCAGUGCUCAGAGUGUGGGAAGAGCUUCACUCAGGCCUCCCAACUGGCUCGGCACCAGCGUAUCCACACAGCGGAGAAGCCACAUCAGUGCUCGGAGUGCGGGAAGAGCUUCACUUUCUUCUCCUCCCUGGCUGACCACCAGCGUAUCCACACAGGAGAGAAGCCACAUCAAUGCUCCGAGUGUGGGAAGAGCUUCACUCUCUCCUUCAACCUGGCUCGGCACCAGCGUAUCCACUCAGGGGAGAAGCCCCAUCAGUGCUCAGAGUGUGGGAAGAGCUUCACUGUGUUCUCCACCCUGGCUCUGCACCGGCGUAUCCACUCAGGGGAGAAGCCACAUCAGUGCUCACAGUGUGGGAAGACAUUCAGUUGGUCGUCCAACCUUGCUAAACACCAGCGUAUCCACACAGGGGAGAAGCCAUAUCAGUGCUCGGAGUGUGGCAAAAGAUUCGCUCAGUCCUCCAGCCUGGCUGUGCACCAGCGUAUCCACACAGGGGAGAAGCCACAUUAGUGCUCUGAGUGUGGGAAGAGCUUCACUCUGUCCUCCAUCCUGGCUAGGCACCAGUGUUUCCACAGGAGGGUGAAGCCAACUUCAUCAGAACUGAGCACCACCAGGUGCCAACUGCCCCUUCUGCCCUCCUUCCCUCCACACCAUUCUCUAGAGCAGCUUACUUGGUAAUCAAGCCCAACAAUUUAAUGCGAUCGCCCUGUGGUGGAUCUCUACAUCCUCUCAAGACCUAUGAAAUGCGAUAAUAGAGGGAAGGGAGGUGCAGGCUGUGACAUGUCCUGCCCCUUGUGUGGAACAGCAGGGAAAGAAUGAAGGCAUCCUCUGGGUGAAAUGCAUCAUGUUGUAAUCCCCUUUGGGAAUACUGAGGCUUCCCUCCUUGAGGCUGAACAGGUUCAGGUCCUUCAGUCUCUCCACGUAUGGCCUGUCCUGCUGCCCUCUCACCAAGUGGGUGGCCUCCUCUGAACCCUCUCCAGGCUGGCCACAUCUCUUUUGAAGUGCGGCGCCCAGUACUGGACACAGUACUCCAAAUGCGGCCUGACCAAAGUCGCAUAGCGUUUGAGCAUCAGCUCUCUGGACCGGCUUGAGAUGCACCUUUGGAUGCAUGACAAGGUGUGGCUGGCCUUGCUGGCUGUGGUCUGGCAUUGGCGGCUCAUGUUCAUCUUGGAGUCAAUAAUGAUUCCAAGAUCCCUUUCCGCCUCUGUGCUUUCAAGGGGAGAACUCCCCAGUCUUUAUGUAUGCUGUGGAUUCCUUCUCCCCAGGUGCAGCACCCUGCAUUUGUCUGCGUUGAACCCCGGCCUAUUCUCAUCUGCCCACUUUUGUAGCCCGUCUAAAUCUAGAUGCAGCCUCUCUCUCCCUUCAAGUGUGUCCACCUCGCUGCACAACUUAGUGUCAUCAGCAAACUCGGACAGCGUGCUUUCCACCCCCUCAUCCAAGUCGCAGAUGAAGCACUAGCAUAUCCACACAGACCUGCAUUUUGCAUAUUGUCUUAAGUUUCUAUUCCACUCAGGAGAGCCCACAAACACCAGCAUAACCAUCCUGACUGAAGAAGGGUGUUUGUGCCCAAAAGCUCAUACAGAACUAUUAUUCCAAUGAUUUAGUUGAUCUAAUAAAAGAUCUCAAGUUUACCCCAAGAA